GAUUACUGGCAUAAUAUUGCAUUGAAGAAUUACAAGUAAUUUUUCUCAGCUUGUAUUCUUGUAAUUAAACUCAUAAAAAUGCCUCUUAUGAAUGAAUUUGGUGCAAUGACUGGUCCUGAUGAUUGGAGAGAUGCUGCUCACAGUACAGGCACCUCUAUUAUGGCUGCAGAGUUUGACGGCGGCGUUGUUAUAGGAGCAGAUUCUCGCACAACUACUGGGGCUUACAUAGCAAACCGUGUAGCAGACAAACUCACCAAAGUCACUGACCAUAUCUACUGUUGUCGUUCCGGAUCUGCAGCAGAUACACAAGCAAUUGCAGACAUUGUUGCUUAUCAUCUUAAUUUUCAUGGUAUGGAACUUGGUGAAGAACCCAAAGUAGAAGUAGGUGCUGCCAUUUUCCAAGAACUUUGCUACAAUUAUAGAGAUUCACUAAUGGCUGGAAUACUGGUAGCAGGUUGGGAUAAGAAGAAAGGCGGGCAAGUGUAUUCCAUACCAAUUGGUGGGAUGUGCGUGAGGCAAGAAGUGUCAAUCGGAGGAUCAGGUUCCAGUUAUGUUUAUGGUUAUGUAGAUGCCAAUUUCAAACCCAAUAUGAGCAAAGAAGAAUGUGUAAAGUUUGUCACAAAUACAUUGGCACUUGCCAUGUCCAGAGAUGGUUCUUCAGGAGGUGUAAUCAGACUGGGAAUCAUCAAUGAAGCUGGUAUUGAACGAAGAGUUAUUUUAGGAAAUGAAUUGCCCAAAUUUUAUGAAGGUUAAUUAAUUAUUUUUUAAGCUUUGGUAUGUUUUGGUAUAUAUUAAAAUAAAAAAAUCAGUUUUACACU